AUGGUGUCUUGGUCUAAUAACCGACGUAAAGUGAACCAUCGAAAGAGUUCCGAUGAGAUGAACAAUCAUAAGGAUCGGUUUAUUGAUUUAGCUCAAGCUGCUUUAGAGGAAGCGGACAUGGAAGAAGAUCGUAAAGGCGUGAUUCAUGAAGUGAUGGAAGCUUUGAUUGCGAAAACGGGAGCACCUUUAGUAGCUGAAGUGAUAUCAGAACAAUUACGAUGUCAAGAUGUGAUUGAAAAGAUUGCAGCAGAACAUUAUCAGGAAGAGACGUUACGUAAACGGUCGACAAGUCCUUUGAACCGUGUGGAUAGCACAGAGUCACUCAAGGAACCUGACAGUGAUUUUGAAGAGGAGGAAUUAUCAGAAAAAGUGAUCUCGUCGUCGUUGUCGGACACUAUGAGUAUACCGAUCAUUGCAGAAUAUCUGUGGCGCUUUUUUAGGGUAUUGAUCUUAUCAAGUUUAGUAGGAUUAGUAUAUCAUUUCUUAGCGCUUAAAUAA